AUAGGUAAAUCGGCCGAGCGCUGAUAACGUUUUUUGCUAUAUCUAACGGGACGCCCGGCCGCCAUAGGUAUUUAUCGCCAUAACUCAGCCGGCUUGCAUUAAGUAAACAACAUUGGAAUAAUUAGGAUUAAAUUCAUAAGAAAGUGGUUAAGUUUACGUUCCUGGUUUAUUGUGCUGGUGUUUAUGGUGAAAUAAAGUGUUUAAGUGCUAAGAAGGUAAAUAUUAAGUACAAUUAAAGAUGUCAGAAGCCGUGAUGAAAGAGUUAAUUAAAAAAAGGGGUCAUAUUAAGUCGCGAUUAACUAAAUUUUCAGGUUAUAUACGCGAGUUAGCCGAAAAAGUGUUGUGUGCGGCUCAGGUGACGGAACUUCAACUUCGGAUUGCUAAAUUGGAAUGUGUUUACAACACGUAUGAUGAAAUUCAAACCAAGUUGGAGUACAUGGCAGAGGAUGACGAGGCCCAGUUAGACGAGAGGUCUGAGUUCGAGGAUUUAUACUACUCGUCAGUCGCGGCGGCUAAGGAAUUGGUAACCAUGCAUUCCAAGGUCGCGCCUAGCGAUGGGGGUUCCGACAACAAUACGCGGCGCCAUCCACAUGUAAAAUCGACCGUGCGGAUCUGUUGGAAACCAUGGCGAUGGACGGGCCCGGGCGCCGCGCGUCCUGGCCGCUCGCCGCUGGCGCCGGCGCUGCCUCCGCUGCGCACGCGCGCUCCGCUGUGCGACAAGUUAAGGAAAAGUGUUUCGUAGGACUAGAUGAACGUCAAACUAAUACUGUGAGUAGCCCACUUUUUUCAUAUGAAUGUCCGUUGUGUAAGCGUGGUCAUUGGCUAUUUGAGUGCCCCGACUUUCUCGCGUUAUCGAAUAAAGAACGCGCAGAUAAGGUUAAAGGGAUGAAAGUAUGUCUCAAUUGCUUGAAACCCGGUCAUAUAGCAAAGUAUUGUAGGCGUGGUCCGUGCAAAGAAUGCUCAUUACGUCACAACUCGCUUCUACAUAUAGAUAUGUUGCCGACGACGGCUCCCGUAGCAAUGCCAGUCAUAGAAGUGAG